UUCAAAUUAAAUGUGUACCUUGCACCCUCACCAAGCCAAGGGCUCAGCCAUCAGGAUCAUGAUAUACAACACAGAACCAGUGGAUGCUACAGAGUUACCAAAGAAGUUCACCUUCAACCCAAAAGAAGGCAUUGACAACCCAGCCUUAGUGAUCUCAGAUGACACAGAGCCUGAAGUGCGUCCCCGGUUGUGUAUUCUGAAGCGGGAGGAGGGUCAGGGCUUUGGCUUCUACCUGAGCAGUGACACUGGCUGCAGGGGACAUGUGGUGCGCCAGGUGGAUCCUUGGAGCAGUGCAGAGUGCAGUGGGCUGGGGGAGGGAGACCGUGUGCUGGAGGUCAAUGAGGACUUUGUGGAUGAUAAGGACCACUUGACUGUGGUGCUGAAGGUGCAGGCGUCCGGGCUGCAGCUGUAUCUGUUAGUGCUGAGUGCUCAGGAUUAUAAGUUUGCAGUAUCAGAAAGAAGAGACCUCAUGUUGCUUGCUAGGACUCACUGUGGAGAGGGCUGUUCUCGCCCACGCUUGUGUCACAUUAAAAAAGAUCCUGACCAUGGCUUGGGCCUCAGCAUCAUCCCUAUUGAAGGUAGAGGUGAGCGGGGACAUUAUCGUCUUAAUCCAGUGAGUCAAGGUCCAGCUGAAAGAGCAGGGAUUCAGAAUGGAGACAGACUGAUCUGGAUCAAUGGAACUAUGGUCUCUGCGCUCACACAUGCAGCACUGUCAAAGAUGGUGAAGAAAUGUGUAGACCAUGUGACUGUCUUAGUAAUUGACAGAAGGGGUGAAGAGAGCUAUACUCGAAGGAGAUUACCCAUAAUUCCUGCUUUUGCCAAAACGCAUAAUCUUCCAUACAGACCAAAAACACUGCUCCUAACCCAGGGACCGCAGGGCUUUGGGUUCCUGUUAAGGCAAGAGAAGUUAUCAUCUGGCCGUAUUGCUCACAUGCUACGAGAGAUCGACUCCUGCAGCCCAGCUGAGACUGCAGGAAUGGAGGAUGGAGAGCUUGUGCUAGCUGUAAAUGGUGAGCAGGUGGAAGAUGCAGAGCAUGAGGACAUUGUCAGCAAAAUACGGCAAAGCGGCCAGCAGGUCACCCUAACCACCAUCUCCGUCACUGGCAGAGACUACUACACACGGCUGAGCAUUUCUCCAUUGCUGUUCUAUGAAGACCAUAUUCCAAAGAGGGAACGGUUCCCUUCACCUUCUCAGGCACACGAAGAGGGACACAGUACUCCGCCAUGUCCUCGACUUUGUGUACUUCAUAAGGAGGGCACAGGAUUUGGCUUCAACUUAGGCUGUGUUCAGAAUACGCCUGGGGCCUAUAUUGGACAGGUGUCGACUGGGAGCACUGGAGAGAGAGCUGGGUUGUGUGAGGGGGAUGUAGUUGUAGAAGUGAAUGGGCAGAAUGUAGAGGAAGAGUAUUUUGAUGAAGUAGUGAGGCUGAUCAAAAAGGGAGGGACUACUCUGAGACUUCUAGUUGUGGAGAGACCAGGGUAUGAGAAUUUGAGAAAGACUGGACAGCCUAUAAGUUCAGGACUUACUCUUCACAGUAAUAAGGUUCCAGAUAUUUCACAAGACAAUUUCGUAUGAAACAGUAUGAACUUGUAAACAGCCAUUCUGUAAACUAAUAAAGACAAAAUUAGUGUAAAAUUAUAAUUCUACUUAAAGGGAUAGUUUACCCAAAAAUGAAAAUUCUCUCAUCAUUUACUCACA